AUGGAAGCGCUGCAGGAUAUGCUUGUGUGUCAUCAAUCACCGGACCGCUCCUCCCUGCAAAAUGCUUGCCAGGAGUAUGGCUUUCAAGGCAACAUCACAACGAUUGACGUGCAGGGAGCCCUGACUGAACGCUGGUCACAUCAUGACGUUCAGAGCGACGCCGCCCAGCCCGUGAUCCUCACCGAUGCAAGACCAACGCAGUGGGCCGUGAAUGCGGUAAACCACAUGCUGUCGUCACAGCCAUUGAAAAACCAGUUCCGGAAAACAAAGAUGUGCGCCUACAACAAGAAGAAGAUGUGCGAAAUGGGUCCAGGGUGUCCCUUCGCCCACUCCAGGGCAGAGUUGCAGCCAAUGCCAGACCUGGCAAAGACCAAGAUGUGCUACAACUACUUCCAGAGGAGAUGUACGGACAUCCACUGCAAGUUCGCGCACGGAUCUGCAGAGCUGCGGUCCGUGUGGACUCAGAGGCCAUACUGCACCUGGCCAGUGGAAGAGGCCUGCCGCUUCUUUCAGCCUUGGGCUUUGACCAAACUUGCCUUGUAG